AUGGCCGAAGAGGUGCAGCAUGAAGUGCAACCGAACGUAGUUGUUCAAGUCCCUCGUACGCCACAGCUGACAGAAUCGUUUGGUGACGGUGAUUUCGAGCUCUGGGUGAAGGUCUUUGACAUCCGCGCGAAGGCGAAUCGUUGGGAUGCAGACGAGAAACUACUAAGACUUCCACUGCUGCUGAAAGGAAGGACAUUCGCUGUAUAUGAAAGGCACGUAACUGCCGAGUCGUACGAUGACCUGGUAAAAGGGAUCAAGCAGUCUUUUGCCCCGAACACAGAAGAAGCUCGUCGAUUAGCGCAUCGACAGCGGCAAGACCGGAAGAUGCAGGCCGGAGAGGAUGUAGAGGUCUUCCUACGAGCAUUAGAGCGGCUGAUCGAUCGAGCAGCGCCGAAUUUGCCUAACGAACUUUGUAAUAGGCAAUUGAUUGAUUACUUUCUGGAGGGUUUGCCAACGCCUGUCGCGGAUCAAUUGUUCAUCCUCGCGCCUAAAAGGCUUGAAGAUACGAUUACGCGAGCUAGGGAGUUGAUGCUGUUGGAGAAGCGCAGAGGCUUGCGAGCUAGGCGAAUCGCUGGAAAAACGGCGUGUGAGGAUGACGACGAAGAAGAGAGUGCGUCGGGUCUCAUUAUGAGAGCAAUGCGAGCUAUAUCAGAUCGACUGGACACUCUCGAGAAGACAUCACACCCAGUAAGAGGGGAGGCGAAGCAGACACAACGGAAUGGCAAACAAGUGCAAUGUUUUGGUUGUGGUGAGUACGGACAUUACAAGCGGUUUUGUCCUACUAAUGAUGUAUCCAGCUAUCGUGGGAAGGACAUUGGUCCAUGUUAUGUUUGUGGUGAGUUAGGUCAUUUGGCACGGGCGUAUUCUCGCAGAAGAAAGGUAUUGGGGCGUGACAAAUUGACAGAUGCGGAACAAAUGCAGAGUACAAUGAAGCCUCUACUGAAGAAGACGGUUUCAAGAAGAAGCAAGAGUUCAUUUGGUGAGCCGGAGAAAAGCACAUUGCAUCAUGUCGUUGGACUCAGAAGGAUGAGUGAAUGGACUAUCUCUCACAAGCUUGUUGUGGCUGAUGUUGACAUACCAGGACCCAUUUUAAGGAUUGACUUCUUGUCACAACAUGCAGUAGUUUUGGAUCUAAAGGAGAGACUGUUGCGUUGGACAGGAGAUUCAGUUUCACUGAAGACACCUUCAGUUGGUUUGUGUUUUCUUGCAGUAAGGCAUAGCUUUACCAUGCCGGGUACCAAUAGGCGUAUGAUCAAGGGUCAAGUUGUGGAUUCUGAAGGGAGGUCAUGCUGUCUUACGGGGCAAGGAGCAUUAGUAGACGGAGAACAAGGUAAAGUGCCAGUGCAGUUAUUUAAUCUUCAAGACACAACUUUUGUGAAGACAGGAGCAGUAAUAGCAGAACUGGUUGACAUUGAGGAGGUGAGUACAGUAGAGCAGUCAGGUUUAGUGUGUGGAAUGGUGGGUACGGAGAUGAAUGACACUGAGAACUCUUUGAGUAUCUUUCAUUUGGACCAUCUUGGUGACAAGGAAAGAAACGAGCUGUCACGAGUACUGCUUAAGUAUCAUAGUGUCUUUUCGACAGGACCUAUGGACAUAGUUCUCGUGAAGAAACGAGAUGGUGGUGUCAGAUUUUGUGAUUACCGACGUUUGAAUGCUGUCACAGUAAAGGAUAGUUACCCUCUCUCAAGAAUAGAUGACACGUUGGAUGCAUUAUCGGGUCCGAGGUAUUUCACUACCUUAGACUUGGCAGCAGGGUACUGGCAGGUGCCGGUAGCAGAGGAAGACAAAAAGAAAACUGCUUUUGUUACGCAAAAGGAUUUGUGGCAAUUUAACAAAAUGCCUUUUGGAUUGGCCAAUGCGCCUGCAACCUUUCAGCGGAUGAUGGAGGUAGUACUAGCAGGGUUACAGUGGUCGGAGUGCCUCAUUUACCUAGAUGACGUAAUCGUGUUUUCGUCGAGCUUUGACAUGCACAUGCAAAGGCUGGGACUAGUGUUUGAAAGAUUGGAAAAGGCUAAUCUGAAGCUAAAGCCUAGUGAGUGUCAGUUUGUGCAAUCAGAAGUGUGCUACCUGGAACACGCAGUAUCGGAAAAGGAACGCCAACCAAAUAGCGAAAGGGUUAAAGCAGUGAGCGAAUAUCCAAGUCCCAAGGAUGUGAGCCAACUGAAAACCUUUCUUGGUAUGGCCGGGUAUUAUAGGCGAUUUAUACCUAAUUUCUCUGAGACUGCUGCACCACUAUACGAACUUUUGAAGAAGGAGAAACCAUUUGAGUGGUCUGUAAGCUGUGAGAAAGCAUUUACAGAGAUACGAGAAAAGAUGGCUACAAGGCUUGUGUUGUCUUUUCCAGACUUUAGUCUACCUUUUGAGUUAUCUGUGGAUGCUAGUGAGAUUGGUUUGGGUGCAGUACUCCAACAGACAGUUGAGGGCUCAGAACGUGUGGUGAGUUUUGCGAGUAGGACAUUACACCAACAUGAAAAGAACUAUUCAACCAUCGAAAAGGAGAUGCUAGCAAUUGUCUGGGCCAUUGGCCACUUCCGAUGUUACCUUUACGGUAAACCAUUCUUGCUUAAGACAUAUCAUCAACCAUUCGUCUGGUUGAAGAGCAUAAAAGAGUCUCAAGGAACGUUAGCUAGAUGGUUAGCCGCACUAGCAGAAUACGAGUUUUCUGUACAACACAUCCCCGGGAAAGCGAAUGUGCCAGCCGAUGCUCUGUCAAGAAGAGUAGGGGGAAGAGAGGGCAGAACAGUGGAGAACAAGAGAAAGUACAGGCAGAUGGUACAGAAACUCUGGACGAAGUAA